AUGGCGGCCUCAGGUCGGAACAUCGCCUGCUUCGCCCUGCUCGUGUCGAUCUUGGCUCUCCAAGUCCCAUCCUGCAUCGACCAGCGGGGUACUACUAGUGCGGGCACCACUACCACGGCUGCUGCCACGGCAUCCCCGUCCGCUCCGCCUUCCCUCUUGGAUGACGGCGCUCUGAAGGCGGCCAUGCUGGCGCUGGCCGGGAUGGAUGCCCUUUUCAUCGCCGCGGCGGUCAUCUACAGCGGCCACACGAAUCACGCCGCCGUGGGCGCAGGCGGCAGCGGCAACUGGCGCAUCUCGGAGCUCGCCUUCUUCAUCUUGUGCCUGCAGGUUGGCGUCCUCCAGUUCGUCCUGUUCGUCCAGCAGCCCGCAGCGGCAGGUGACGCCGCAGCCCGUGCGCUCGGGAUCAGUGCUGGUGCUGCCCAUGCUUUGCCUUGCGUUGGCUCGGUCACCUUCUUCCUGGGCAUCACCCUCGUCUAUGCGCACGUGGGCAACGGCGGCGGAGCUGCCGGAGCUGCUGCCGCUGGCAACGGACCGGCCCCGGCGCCCGCCACCGUCAGGCUUCUUGCCGAUGUGACGCUCGGGGCUGCAUUAGCCUGCCCGAUGAGCAUCAUCCUCGCCUUGUUCUACUUCUACGUGAACACCAAGUGA